GUUCUGCACAGGGAUUUCAAUAGGCUACCUUUCUGAAGUUUGUGGACAAUACAACUGUAUUAAAAGGAUUUGAGCCUCAUAGACACGUCGAUAAAGUGGAUAAGAAAUAGCACUGUUUUGAGCACAUUUCGGGACUACAUUUUGCCAGAUUACACAAGGACUCCACCACUAUGGCACCCUUCCUCCCCCUCCUCCUCCUCCUCUCCUCCUCUUCCUCUGUCCUCUCCGGUCACUGUCCAGAGGAUUGCUCUUGUCAGGCCCAGGGUUCCAUCUUCUGUAUCCAGCGUCGUUCCCUCGUCGUCCCCCGCCUCCCUUCCUCUGUGAAACAUCUCUACGUCUUCCAGAACGGCAUCAACACUUUAGCCCAGGAUGACUUCACAGGCCUGGGGGAACUGGAGAUGCUGGACCUGUCCCAGAAUAAACUCACGGAGGUCCCGGAUGGGGUCUUUGAAACGCUAUCUUCGCUGAGGAAUCUCGAUUUGUCCGCAAACUACAUUACCCACAUCGCCAAGGAUAGCUUCUCCGGAUUGAUGCAUCUCGAGAGGCUGUAUCUCCACGGCAACCGCAUCAAGAGCAUCCAAUCGGAGGCCUUCGAGGUUCUGGAGGAUCUUCUGGAACUGAAGCUCCAGGGGAACCAGUUGACCGGUCUCCCAAUGCUCCAUCUCCCCAGGCUUCUCCUCCUUGAUCUCAGCUUCAACUCUCUCCCGACGCUGGGUCCCCAAGACCUCCAGACCCCCCACCUCGAGUCGCUCAAAGUGGCUGCGUUGGGGCUCACCACCCUGGACUCAGAUCUGAUGGCCUCCCUGGGGAACCUCCAUGACCUUGAUGUGUCCCAGAACCAGCUGGAGGGGAUGCCUGAAGCAUUGAAGGCCACCCGGGGGCUUAUCAAGCUCAGCCUGGCUGCCAACCCCAUUGGGGAGCUCCGGAACGAGGACUUCCAGAGUCUGUUGUUUCUCCAGGAGUUGGAUCUCAGUGGGCUGAACCUCCAGGGCUUGCCCCAGGGUUUCUUCCAGCUCUUCCCCAGGCUGGGGCACCUCACGGCGGCCGAGAAUCCCUUCAACUGUCUCUGUCCUCUGGCCUGGUUCCCUGGCUGGCUGAAAGAGAAGAAUGUGGAUCUGGGACGCACAGAGGAGACAAGGUGCCACUUCCCACCAGUGAAUGCUGGCAAGGUGCUGGCGGAGCUGGACCAUCAAGAUUUCGGCUGUCCACCUACGACCACUGUUAUGACGAAUGCCCUAGGGGAGGGGAGUACUUCCGCACCCCCCAUUCCGACUACAUCCCCUGGAAACACACAUACCAACGCCAUUCCCCCACCUCCGCCAUUCCCUAGUGAUGAACCAUCCUCAACGGAGACAGACAUUGAGAGUCGUCCCCCUCCUCCAGCUUCUCCGACUACCGCUUUCAGGGAUGAGGGCCACAUCUGUCCGCCGAACAUCUGCCUCAAUGGGGGUACGUGCCGCUUCGAUCCUCUGGGACAGCUUGGAUGUCUCUGUCCCCACGGAACUAUGGGUUUGUACUGCGAGAACCUGGAGUCGUAUAACUACAACCAGCCACCUCUCCAAACCUCCGCCCCCGAGGUUUUGGCAUCCAUGGUUGCCCCCAUUGUAACCUCUGAUCCCAAUGACAUCAGUUCCCGUCAGGUGACCUCCACGUCCAUCCUCCUCGACCUGCACCGUUUCCUCGAGACGAGGCCGCACAUCCGCGGGAUUAAGCUGACCUACCGGAACCUCUCAGGGCCCGACCGGCGCCCCAUGUCCCUCAGCGUCCCCGCCUCGUACCCAGAAUACACUCUCCGAGGGCUCCGGCCCAACUGUACCUACUCGGUGUGCGCCAGCCCCCUGGCAGAGAGAGUGAACGGGGGUGGAGGCAGUGGAGGUAGCCCUACCGAGGGAGGGUCUUGUAUGGAGGCUCGUACCGAGGGAGGUCCCCAAGCUUCGUCCUUGGAGCCCCACGUGGAUGAUCAGAGCCAGCUCACCUACACCCUCAUCCCAGCCUUGGCUGCUCUCGCCCUGGUCACGGGGGUGGCGGUGGUGGCCAUCCUGGUUCUUUUCCUCCGGAGGAGACGGGCUCACAUGGCGCUGGAAGGGGGUGAGAUGGGACCAAUGGAACUGGAGGGCCUUAAGGCUUGUCUGGAGAACGGCGUGGGGAACGGGGGCACACUACCCCACAAGGGAGCGGAUAUCGCCCCCUGUCACACCUCCAUCCCGACCCAGCCACAAAAUGGCGGAUCGUCACAGACCCUUCCACAAAAUGGUGGUUUAGAAUAUGAGGCCCCCCUCAUGAAGGGACAGGGGCACUGUCCAUCGAAUAAUAAUGUGGCAUCCUUGAAGCCAUCGUAUUUCUAGAAACUAAGUCUGUUGUCUUCAUGGAUUUCUUAAUAUUUCUCAAUGACACUCAAUGUACUCAAUGACAUUCAGAGCUAUGGAAUGGAACAGAAGUAACUACCCCUGUAGAGGGUAACGCUACGCCCGUUAUCUCUAAGUGG